AUGUCUCGGGCUUCCAAAUUGACAUUGGCCGCCACAGGCCUAGGCACAGCUGGAAUUGUCUACUUUGUGCACUGGGCACAAGAACAAGAGAAGGCGUCAAUGCACAAGGCGGUUGAACUUGACAUGGAAAAACAGCGCAUUCGACAGGAGCGACAGGCUGACUUCGAGAUGCAAAGGGCUCUUGAAGAGGAAUACCGGAAACUCCAAAAAGUCUCACCAAGCUUAGACGAACCGAGCGGAACGCAAAGAAGUCAAGGACAAGGA